AUGAGUACAUGUUCAGAGAUCACUCUACAUUCUGUUCCUCUUUGGAACAGAGCAUACUCUGUUUUCAAUGAUCACGACCAAGACUCUGUUCUACUCUACCCUGAGCUUUUUUUGUCACCAUUGAAAAACUCUCUUGUGAUCAAAACCUCUGAUUUGUCCGACGUUGUUUCGGUCGGAGAAUACAAAGUUAAAGCUAGACUCUCCUCCACUCUUCAGAGCAUUUUCGAUAAGUAUGGAGACAUCACAUCAGAUUCCAAGCUCAAAUCUCUCUCCACACGAACAUACCACCUCGAGAAACUAGCCGAGGUUGUUAUCGAGCUCCGUUCAACGUCUCUUCAUCGUCUGUCCGAAACACGAGCCAGUGAGAUUCUAGCAAUCGUUAAGGACAUAGAGACGGCAAAGAUCCGAGCAGGCUGGCUCCGGUCCGUUCUUGAAGAGGUUCUUGAGGCCACAAGGUACUUUAAAAGACGCGAGACUUCAGCUACGGAGAAAGAAGCAUGCGAACGCGGUUUAUCACUUGCGAAGCACGAAAUGGAGAUGAGUUUGAAGAAACGUGCAGAGACGGAGAAAGAGACGAAUGAGUUUCGGGAGAGAUUGAUGAAAACAACAGGGAAGUUGGGGUCUUUGGAAAUGAAGCGAACGUGUCUUGAUAAGAGAUUUGUGUUUCUGAGAUCUAAAGUCGAAAAGUUUCAGGGUCAAUCUGUUUUCAAGGACAUUUUGUGA